UUCACCGUCUAUCCGUCUGUCUGUAGGCAUCAUUUUGUUCGGACAUGUUCUAAGAGACUAGCAGGUGGAUUUUUCUGAAAGUUUUAAUACUCGAUCUUUGUCUACCAUGUAAAGAUGUGCACCUGAUAUUUCCAUCAUGAUUAGAAAGAGGGUAUUGCACCGAUUAGGGAAAUUUCCCUAAUCGGAGCUCCGUGCCAGCACUCAUGAGGUAAAACUGCAAUCGUAACUACUCAGCUAUUUCCGUAACUGCAAUUGAACCUUGUAUGUGCAUCGACGCCAUCAGAGUCUGUUGCCAUCAGGGCUGUGCGGUGCACCGAAAAUUUCGGUGCACCGUAAUUCAUACCAUUCAAUUCGAUGCACUGAUUACAAAUUCCAGAUUUCGGUUCGGUUCAGUUUAGAUUUUACUUACACCAAAACAACAAAUAUGGCGUCCGAGUGAUGUGCAGAACAUAUGGUUUUUUAUGCAACAGAGAUUUAAAUCACUACUGUGUUGAGAGUUAAUAAUUAGCAUUUUCACCAUUCAGAUACCAACAGAAUAUGGUCUGUAAGAUCAUUACAGUUUAUCUUUACAUGACAUAUAGCAUUUCUGUCAGUGGUGGAGUGAAAUUAACAUCGUAGGUAAUGACACAGAUUUGACAGUUAAUAUGAGAGAAGUAAAUCAAUAAGGAGAGAUUUUCAAAGACUCAAUUGAUAGAAUUGUUGAAUUUUUGCAUAUCAAUGAAAACAAUAUCAUAUACAUUUUAGAUUCACUAUAAAUUUGUUUAAUAAUCCAAAACUAUUAUCAAAGUUAUAAAAUGCCAUUAUGAAUAGAUAUGAUGUUUACAAAUGAGGACAUAUAGAUAUAUAACUUGAAUAAAAUCAAAUCAACUCAUUAAAAUUGUUAAUUUUUGUAGUGUACGUCACUAGAUAAAUUGGACCUAACAUGAACCGAAUCAAAAAUAACCAAACCGUGCUGUUCUGAAUCGAAACCGAACCGAAUCGAGCUAACCCUGAAUCGUCCCAGCCCUAGUUGCCAUGUGUACGCAAAUGUAACUAUGACGUCACAGUCGUAUGUUACAAUAUGAAACGCGAGCUUUCAAAUGCAUCUAAGAUAUCAUACAUAUGUAAGGUAUUCUACCACUAUAAAUUUCCACUUAUAUGUUUAUGUAUUAGAGUGAAUAAGACGUUAAUUUACAAAAACUGAAUCUGUGGUGAAAAUCUAAAUAACACAUUAUACAGGGAUUCGGUUCUGGCCUUCUAACCUCAUCCACAGGCGCGCUUCUGGCGAAGAAAUUGAUGCAAUUCUUGCGCCAAUCAACAUUCGAGUCUUCUUAAUAGUUACGGAAAAGGACGAGCGCAUGAUCCAUUGGUAAAACCAUCCAUAUUUAUACUUUUAUUACGUAUUUGCCAUUUAAAUACCUGUAGGAUUCCCCAGUACUAAGGGCAAGCCUAAUACAUUUUAUGUGUCAAUACAUUAUACAUGUAGUCUAUAAACAUAAUUUUUGAAAUCAUGAAAAUUAAAUUGUCUUCACAUUUUCUUCUGAUUAUCAGAUACAAUGUACAUGUAUACGGUUACAUGUUUAAUAUGAGUGUAUACAAUGUUUCAUAUUCUAUACUAACUCGUAUUUAUUAUUUUCUACAAGCAUCUGUACAUGACUCUGACCACAAAACAAAAUAUAGGAAGUUUAAUAUGCAUUAAUAAAGUUCAAUAAGUACAUGCACCUGAAAACAUAAUUUGAUUCACCAUAGCAAUUUGCUACUGGAAUCUUAUCCACUCAAACUGUUUAAAUGUCAUUUACCUUGUUUGGCCUUAUAGUUUUUCUUUCAAAGCUUUGCAAAGUUCACAACGGUUUUUCAUAAAAGGCAAGAUGCCUUUGUCAACACCUUUCACUCAAAAAAAAAGUUCUCAUCAUUAGCAACCUUGACUUUUAGAACACAGAUAUUGAGUCUAUUUCACAAACUAAACAGUGUCCAGGUUGGAAGCUUAUUUCAAACUCGGUACAUUGUAAUAAACAGAGAUUAUAUUGACAUGAAACAUUUAUAAAAACUAGAAGUGUGUUUCAAUUAAGAACAAAAUCUAGAUGGAAAACAUAAUAUGAAAAGAAAAAUAUUUUGUUUGUGAGGGAUUUGAAUCCAGAAAAUGUAAUAUGAAAAAAAAUAUUGUAUUCGCGAGAGAUUCGAACCCAGUCAUUUUAAAAAAGAAAACAUCUUUGCAUACAAAAGUCAAUGACCUAAUACCCACUAAACCACGCAGUAGACAUACAGGUGAAGUUGAAAAUAAUAUCAGUGAAGUUGUUUCGAUUUUUUGAAAUUCACAAAAAAUGUCCUUGUGAAACAAAUUUCAAAGCGACAGUUUUUUAGUGAAAACUCAAAGAACAUAUGUUCAUGCUAAAAUCAUUUUGUUUCAUGGAGCCAGUUUUUCUUAAAUUCGGGGAUACCCCUCCAUUUUAAUGUUAAAAAUCAUAUAAAUCGCUUAUUGCUUGAUUUAACUCGAAUUAUUUAGGCUAAAUUUUGUCAAUACACGUCUUUUAAACUUAUUUUCAAAAAUGUUUGAAUUCAAGGCAUAUAAGUUCCAAUUCAGGUUUUAUCAUAUUUUUGAAUAAUAAUUUAAUUUUAUCGAUCUGUCAAAUUCUGAAAUGGGAUGGGUACAAAUUAAUGAGCAAACACGAAAGACACAGUGAUACUAAACGGAAAGAGAGGGUGGAGAAUUUCAAUAGUGGAAUUUUUCCUUAUUUCCAGUUAAUUAAAUGGUAUUCAUAGUGACAAUGCUUUUCAUGCUAUAGGGACAACUUCAUCUGCAGCUUGUAAUGUAAGUCUUCACUGAGAUAAGUAUUGAUUCCACACACAAGGAGAAUUUAAAACAGAAGUAACUGUGUACUGACUAAUGAACACAUGUGGAGUGCCAUUCAUUGGAGAAUUAAUGUGAUUACUCAAUAUUAAUUAUUGAUCUUCUGUGCCCAUCAUCUUAGGAUCAUCUAUUUCCCCCACUCCAUCUGUUGAUUGUGUGUCACGUAGAAAACUCCACAGGAAAUUCCCCAUAGAAAAUAUACCCCUAGGGAAGAUUUAUAUGUAUACUGUGAGGAUCAUGAAAUCUUGUUUGGAGGGGAGGGGGGGGGGAUAUUUUCUACAUUGGAAAACCCUCUUGGAGAACUUUUCUAAAUUCAUUUGAAAACUUUUAGUGGGAAAAAAGACUUUUCUAUAGGAAAGGUGACAGGUUCGAGCUCACUUUCAGUUAUAAGUAAAGCAGAAUAUUAACAGCAUAUUCUAAUAAAUGAGGGUAUAGAGGUAUGUUUGGUUUGUUUAGUCUUUUAAUAGAUAACCAUUAAUUAUUGGUCAAAACUUUUAAAGUUUUUCUAGUGAAAGGUUCAGGAUGAAUCUCCAUGGUGAAAAUAUCUUUUUGCUAGAUACUGCAGAAUGUAAGACUAGACUCAGUGGUAUCGGUAGGUUAAUCGAUACUUGACAUCUCACAUUGUGCUCUUAGAAAAAGCACUUUUAACGUAUCUGCAUUGUCUCAGUCCACCCAGCUAUAUAUGGGUGUGGGAAGGAAACUUGCUAAUUGGAAGAGAAAAAUGAUACUUAUUAUAGGACCUUGGUAUAUGUAUAAGUUUUGUUACUAAGGAUUCUGAGAGGCAUACCAUUAAUUUAAAAGUAAAUAUUCUGAAAGCAACUCACAUCAACAUUUACUGACUGAUCAAAAUAAGAAUGAAGUCUAUUUCAUGCUACUUAUUAAUCUAGUAAGUUUCCUGACCCAAAGGGAAUUUAUUACAAUUAGUAUUCUAACUGUAAUAUCAUCCAUGACAGUAUAUAUACACUCUGCAGUGGAGGUAUUGGAUGUUAAAUGUUGUAAUUAACUGAUUGCUUCAUCAGAAACAUUGUAUUUCACACAACUAUAUACUAAUGGUUAAUAACUUCACUUGACAGAGAUUAAUGUCAUUCAAAGAUGUGACAUUGUUCAUACAAUAUUUAUCACAUCAGAUUACAUUUUGCUGUGACUCCAGGGAGGGAACAAUUUAUAUAAAAGGUAUUUGAAAUAUCAAGAGCCAUUGUUAUUACAAGAGAAGUACAGAACUAUUGCAAAAUGCUGUUUGGCCUUGUGUCAGGGUGGUGUCGCAAUUGUGUAAUGCUGUCUGGAUACAUUAUAAGUUUCUGUAAUAUUAAUGUGGGGCUAUAAGUGGUAUUGACUUUUUAGACCAGUGUCUUCUGCAGCCAUUGCCUAUCAAUGAAUAAAAGAUUGGACAGGUGGAUCAAUAGAUUUCACCUUUCUCCUCAACUGUGCUAAAUGGAAUGAUUUACCUGGUCAGGUGUUUACACCCAGCUAUAUAACCGCUGUGUCAAUACAGAGGAACGAGCUCUCUUCAACGUAGUUGGUUUAAAGGUCUAGCAAUUUCUGUCACAGAAGACUUGUAAAAGCCUGUUGAUAACGAAGUAGCGUCACAAAACAAGAUGGCUGCCUAUAUCUGUAAACAUCUCAGCACUUCCUGAUACUGUGAAAUUCUGUGAAAUCCAUUUUUCUGUCAGAUUUUUUUGCAUGUGAUUCUGUGCCAGUUUUAACACUGGUCUUUCUGGGCUGUGCAAUCAUGGAGCCAAGUUAUAAGAUGGGGAAAUACAGUCCUAACCACCUAUUGGAACAAUCUGAUUUUGACGAAAAUCAACAGUGGACAAUGAGUGGCCCACCUGGCAGCAUUCAAGAUCAGGAUAACUUCAAUGUACAACAGAAAAAGCUGGAAAAGGAGAGAAGAAGGAUAGAAGAACAGGCCAGAAAGAAAAGGCAGCAGUUAGGACUUCUACAACAUAACCCUGACAGUCGCCCGACGUCAGGUCGCAAACAUCGCAGUGAAACACAACCCCUUGUGGGAUCCAAACCGUCCACACCUACAAAUCUUCAUGCAAAAAACAGGUCAAAAAAGAAAUUACUGGAAAAGCAUCAACAUGAAUAUAUCGGUCCUGCGGGUAUUGAGGAUGAGGAGGAUAUGCGGAGCAGCUCACCAAACCUCCGUCGGAACGAUGGCUCAUAUCCCAUCCUCAACGUGACAGAGGACAGUUAUAGUGAUGACCCAGAUAGUGAUAUCCAGGACAUUCCCAUCAUGAAUCAAGGUGAAGAAUCAAACAAACGGAACAAAGGCAAAAACAAGAAUGCUCCCUCCAAAUCAGGAGGCAGAGGGCAAUGGACCUCCCUCACUCCAAACGCCUCCUCAACCUCUCUUUCAAAGAACUCCCGCUCUCGUUCCCGUACCCCCGAGAUCAUGAUCACGGGUACAGAGGACCAGCAACAGGGAAAUGACUCUGAUGUGGAUGAUAUCCCCAUGUUAGAUGCAGAAACUUCAAAUAAACCAAACAAAGCCCAUAAGCAGAAAAACAAAAAGUCUGCCCCAAACAGACCACCAGCACCCCCCACUACUGGAGGCGAGCGUUCUGGUGGGCGGUCCCCAAUACCUCUAGUAGCCAAUCAGAAACAGCGACAGAAGCCAAGCAACCAACCAGUACAAGGGUUCCAGCAGCCUGAGGAUGAAGAAGAAGAUGAUGGAGUAGAUGAGACUAGUGCCCCUGUGGUACCAUCUAAAUCUCCAAGCAGUAAAAAUAUCAAGCAAAUGGCUGCCUACAACAAUGAGAACGAUGACCAAGAAGCUGAGACUGCAGAAGGUGCUAUGGCUCGAGACUACUCACCUGAGCUCACAGAAAACCUUGAUGAUUUUGUGCUCAGACCAGCUCCUCAAGGUCAUGUGAUGAAGUGCCGGAUCACAAGGGACAAAAAAGGGGUGGAUCGAGGAAUUUAUCCCACGUAUUUUCUACAUUUAGAAAAAGAUGACGGCAAAAAGAUAUUCUUAUUGGCUGGAAGAAAGAGGAAGAAGAGUAAGACCUCUAACUAUCUGAUAUCUACAGACCCCACUGACCUGUCCAGGGGAGGCGAGGCCUAUGUAGGAAAACUCAGAGCCAACUUAUUAGGAACACAGUUUACUUUGUUUGAUAACGGAGACAACCCAAAGAGUAAUUAUGAAAAUGCCAGAAAAGAAUUAGUAGGAAUUGUAUAUGAAACAAACGUGCUAGGUUUUAAGGGACCCAGAAAAAUGACCAUUGUCAUUCCUGGCAUGAACUUGGACCAUGAGCGAGUAGACAUUAAACCAAGAUCUGACAAUGAUGGUUUGAUUGACAGAUGGAAGAGGAAAAAUAUGGAGAAUAUUCUAGAGCUUCACAAUAAAACCCCAGUGUGGAACGAUGAAACUCAGUCAUACGUGUUAAAUUUCCAUGGCAGAGUCACUCAGGCCUCUGUGAAGAAUUUCCAAAUUGUACAUGACAAUGAUGUGGAGUACAUCGUGAUGCAGUUUGGUCGUGUGGCAGAAGACGUGUUUACUAUGGAUUUCAACUAUCCCCUUUGUGCUGUUCAAGCAUUUGGAAUAGCACUGAGUAGUUUUGACAGUAAACUAGCUUGUGAAUAGUACCAUCUCUCAACCACAUCCACCAUCAUCCGGAUCACAGCUCAAUCCCAUCUCAUGAUUUGGUUAUUUGUGCAGAUAUUGUAGUUUACUUUGUGCCUAGUAUGGAAGUGAUUACCAGAAUUUGGAUUUAAAAUCAUUCUUUUUGAUUUAAAGCAUUUUUUUCUCUGUCAUUAGAUUAGAAAAAUUGUACCUUACAAAAUAGAAAGAAGCAGUCAAAAUGAUAAUUAUAUUGGUACAGCUUAUGUGCACAAUGAACCGUGUUCAGUGAAACAUUUCCUCUCAUUUUGUGUUCAUCUUUAAUCGACAGAAGGAGAAGGUAGAAAAUUAAUAGUAAAAAGUACUAAUAUUGUUAGGAUUCAUUUGAAAUUUUUUUUUUUCUUGCAUCACAUCUGACAUUUUGAUGCAUUGUUUGGUAAAUGGGAGUUCUUAACCAUAUUUCUAACACAGUUUUAUUUUAUUUUAUUUUUUUCUUAGACAAUACAGAAUGUUGCCCAAAGACUAAUUGAAGUAGUAGAAUAACUUUCCCUCUAUUUCUGUAUUUUUGAACAAAUUAAUGUUAGUAGAUAUGGAGGGAUUCAAUUUUGCAGUAAUUAUAAAAGUAUGCCCAAUGAAUCCCAGUGUUUCUUUAGAAUUGAGCUUGUGAUGUUUUGUUUGAGAACAUUUUCAACAAAGGAAAGUAUUUUAAGUUUCAAAUGAUCAAUUUGUUAUCUUAGUUUAGUAGUUAUGAAUGAAAUGCAUAAGAUUACAUUUGUGUAAGUCACAUGACCAUCCGUUAAUAUAUUCAUGGUUAUGAGGUCACAAUUGAAUGUUUGAAAUUUAUUAUGAGUAUCAAUGCAGUGUUUUGCUAAGGUGUUGUAAUUUCAUUUUUGUACAUAUGCAUAAAUUGCAUUCCUAUAUGUACUUUUGUGAGUUACGUUUUUUCCGUCCAUUUGCAUAUCACAUGGGCAUUUCAAUAACCCAGCAGUUGCAACAUGAGAUGACACAUGUGGCAAUGGAAAUUUUUCUCCCAUUAAUUCCCAGCUUGGUGUAUUUUAUAUUGUGGUUGUGAUAAAAAUGAAAAUGGUGUACAAAAUGUUAGUAUAUAUUUUAGUGAUUUUCUAAGAAAAUUCUUUGUUUACAACUUUAUGUUGUUAUUGUGUAGGCUAUGCCAAUUGUGCAAUCCCCCUCCCCCACCCCCCUAUAUUCCGCCCACCUGAAUAUUUUUAUAUUUGGAUGCUUGUCAACUGAAAUACACAAAGGAAGCAAUCAUAUUUACUAUGAAUUAGUUUAAAUCAUCAGAUUGUAUGUUCACCAGACGUGCUAUUUAUUCAUGCACAUGUCAUCUUUGAAGUUGGUCUUUUACGAAACAAUUUUACAACAAGUGAAGUAUAGCAAUGGCUGAUAGAAUUUUAUGACCUUACAUGUAGGUCAUGUUUAUCAAUGUUAUUGUGUAUAGAAUGUGUAUGUAUUUUGGUUUAUUAUACAAUACUUUAAGAAUCAACACCUUAACUACGGUAAAAUCAGUUCAUGGUUUGACCCAGAUACAAAAAUACCAACUAGAUGUAGAUGUAGUAUUUCUUUAAUGAGAGGGGAAGUUUACUGUUAAAACCCCAUGUCACUAUUAAACUUGAUUCAGUAGAUUGUACAAAGUAUCUUGUCUGUAUUGUUAGCAUAGCCAUGGUUCAGGUGAUAUCACUUUGUUAUUGUGCACAGUUUGAACUUUUUCCAAAUUCAGAAUAAACAUUCUUUUGGCAAAUUUUUUUUUGUUAUUUGAGAGUGAACUAAUUUCUUAACAAAGUAUCUUUCUUGUGUUUUAUAUUUCUUUAAAUAUUUGUAAAAAGAUAAAUUAAAGAUCCCAAAAUUUUCCAGAAAUCUGAUGAACUAUAUUGUGCAUGUAAAUGUUGAUUUUUACAAGACUGGUGAUAUAUACAGUAUUAGUGUAAUAUAAUCCUUUAUUUAUUGAUAUCAGGGGAAAGUGCUAUUUACUGUAACCUGUUUGGGGUUAAAGGCUAGUAAUUAUUCUAUCUAUUGUGUUUUCCAAGUCAGUUGUAUCAGUUUGAUAUCAGAGAGCAAUUUAAGACUAUAAUUUUGAUGAUUUGCAAGUGAAAAUGACUGGUACUGGGUAGCUGUGAAUGCAGAUUUUGUAUAUACAUGUGUACACUGUAUGAGUACUUAAAUUAGUGGGAUUCGUAUUUUGACACUUAACCAAAAAAUGCUAAUUGUGGUUUGCUCUGUUAUGUGGAAUUAUCUAUUCUUCAUUGUAGAAUACAGUAGCACUAAAUCAUCAUAACACUAGAAUAUUUAUUCUCGACUGUGCGAAGUUUUAAAUACUCUAAACUAAGUACACAUACAGUUUCAUGGAGUACAGAGACAGUGGAAAGAGUUACUCCCCUUUAUAAAGAUCCGUUAAUGUGUAUGCAGUUUUUUUCUUCUGGCUAUUGUUAAAUUUAAGAAACAAUAUUUAUGAAAUAUUAUUUGUAUUGUCUUUGUGUUGCUAACUUUUAUAAGUUUUAACUUUGCUGCAUGUGAGUGACUUUUAGUACACAAAGUAUGUGUGCUGAAUUGUCAGUAUUCCAUAUUUAGCUUUGUUUUUUUUUUUAGUUCUUACUGGGUAAAAUACCCAAUUAUAAUUGUGUAAUGAAGAGGAGGGAAUUUUUUGGUAUUGAUUUUUUUUCUCACACUGAUUCCCACUUGCACAGUUUUCAAAAUGGGGAAUAAAAUGGAUGCAAGUGAAAUCAAUAAGCUAACUUCUUAAAAUCACAUUGUUUUGAGAGUAUAAUAUAUUUUUGAAAUCUCAAAUCACAGACCCAGAAACAAAGAAAUCCAACAUCUAUUAAACUUUUCAUAUUGUAUAAAUUCAUUGGUCCUGUUUUCCCCUCCUUCCCUCCAGCAGACUGGUGUGUUAGGUUUAUCAAAUGUUGCCGUCCACGUGUCUUUUGAUUGUAUAAUUAUUAUUUGUUUAUAUUCAGUUGCCAUUAAUUUAUCAUUGUCAAAUAUAUUUCACAGUUUGUCGAAAUAAAAAUGUGCCACAU